UUAUUGUAGAGUGAAAGGAACAUAAAUGUUCUCUUUCGGCAGAUCGAAGGAUCGAUUCCUCCCCCAUCAUCAAAGCAAAGGCACAAAACGGAACAAAGCGACUUAUAUUCUCUCUAAUUUCUGAAUCAUUUUCAUGUUCAAUAAUCUCUUAUUUGAGAGGUACUCUUUUUUUCAUUUGUCUCUUUCAUUCGGGUUGUUGUUGUUAUUGUUGUCGUCGUCCUGAAGAAGAUGAAAUGGGCAGCAUAUUCUCAUCUCGUCGUAAGGGUACCAGAGGUAUUGAUGACGGCCCCAGCAGGGGAGCAGGAACAGCGUCGCAUUCAUCCAUCUCCAGCCAAGCAUCGAUGAGUAGUCGUGGAAAGAAAUCCAUAGACAGGAAGGCUUCUGUGAAGCAGAAGUAUGGUUUCAUCCCCGAUACCUUCUCUUCCCUCGAAGAGGUUACAGCAGCAUUGAGAAAGGAAGGUCUAGAAUUAUGCAAUCUCAUUGUUGGAAUUGAUUUCACUAAAAGCAAUGAAUGGACAGGCAAAGUCUCAUUCAAUAACCGGAGCCUGCAUGCCAUUGGAGAUUCACCUAAUCCAUAUGAGAAGGCCAUCUCUAUCAUUGGAAAGACUUUAGCCCCUCUCGAUGAAGACAACUUAAUUCCUUGUUUUGGUUUUGGUGAUGCGACCACUCAUGAUCAAGAAGUCUUUAGCUUUCACAGUGAUCAUUUGCCGUGCCAUGGUUUUGAAGAAGUUUUGUCCUGCUAUAGAAAAAUAGUUCCAAACUUGCGACUCUCAGGGCCAACUUCUUAUGCUCCGGUGAUUGAGGCUGCAGUCGACAUUGUUGAGAAAAGUGGCGGCCAGUACCAUGUACUGAUUAUCAUUGCUGAUGGCCAGGUUACAAGAAGUGUAAAUACAAGUGAUAUGGAACUCAGUCCACAAGAAGAGCAAACGAUCAAAUCAAUUGGCAAUGCAAGUUCAUAUCCACUAUCUAUUGUGCUUGUCGGAGUUGGUGAUGGACCUUGGGACGACAUGAAGAAGUUUGAUGACAAGCUCCCUGCACGUGAUUUCGAUAACUUUCAGUUUGUUAACUUCACAGAAAUAAUGACCAAGUAUACGGGACCAACAAAAGAAACAGCUUUUGCUCUAGCUGCCCUAAUGGAGAUGCCCUUGCAAUACAAAGCAGUACUUGAACUUGGCAUACUUGGCCAUGUGACAGGUAGAGCAAAGAAAAUCAUUCCGCGGGCUCCUCCAGUUCCUUACAGUCGUCCACAGCCAGCUUGGGAGCCAAGCAUGGCUCGCGCACCAAGCAACCAUCUGUCAACAAUGGCUCACACACCAAGCAACCUUCCAUCAAGUGUGGGAGAUGAACGAAACCAGAUGACCUGCCCCAUUUGCCUAACUAAUGCAAACGACUUGGCCUUCAACUGUGGACACUUGACCUGCAAAGAGUGUGGAUCAAAAGUGUCCAACUGUCCCAUUUGCCGCCAGCCGAUCAGCAGCCGUCUCAGGCUGUUCACUGGGUGACACGUGAUGUAUCAGAAUAAUUGCAUUCGACCGAUCAGUAACAGUCAUGUUGUUCUAUAUAUAGAAUGUUUCGAGUAUAUGCUCUCCUUUCUAUCAUGUGGAUAUACCAAAAAAGUUGUAAGGCCUUCUCCAGUGAUUCUGCAGUUAAGUCAGCUAAAGGGUUACUUGUACGGGCUUGUAAUGUUUCGAUUUCAAUGUGUGAAUACACCCUUUUUUGUAUUAUUUCCACCAACUUAUGUUGAAAGCUAACCUAACACUGAUGUAGGGUUGCGAGCUACCUUGGAUUUUAUUGUAUUUGAUAUUUUAUUGUAAAUUGUAAUGAAUUAUGCUAUCAUUGUCCAA